GGUUAUCGUAUGGAGAAACCCAAUUCCUCAGUACAGCUUGGAUCUAACAGAGAAAGACAAAAGCAGUUUUCAACUCCAACUGCAGAUUAACAAUCCACAAGCAUCGGGUAAUAUAGAAAGAAAAAGCCACUUGGCCUCUGGAUUUUCCGACUACCACAGAAGCAAAACAGCUGGAAGAUUUUUUCCCCUUGUCUCUUCUGACAGUCAUCAUACCUGCUUCAAAAUGAAGAUACUUAAAUGGACUUUGGGUGUACUAUUGUUCCUGCUGUUGUCUAUUGGGCGCUGUACAGAACAAUCUACGCCUAAUAAAACAUCCCAACGGAGGCACUCCCGUUCAGCAGACAGUGGAGAGGAAGGGAAAAAAUGCGGUUACACAUUUUUGGUCCCAGAACAAAAAAUCACAGGACCAAUUUGUGUGAAUACUAAUGGACCAGGUACGGGUAACAGAAAAGAUGAAGUCACAAGAAUGGACAUAGAGAACUUGAAGGAUGUGCUGUCCAAGCAAAAGCGGGAGAUUGACAUUUUGCAAUUGGUAGUGGAUGUAGAUGGAAACAUUGUGAAUGAAGUAAAAUUACUGAGGAAAGAAAGUCGCAACAUGAACUCUCGGGUCACCCAGCUCUAUAUGCAACUCUUACAUGAAAUAAUUCGAAAGCGUGAUAACUCACUUGAGCUUUCCCAACUGGAAAACAAAGUCCUUAAUGUUACAACAGAAAUGUUGAAGAUGGCAACAAAAUAUAAGGAGCUUGAAGUAAAAUAUGCAGCACUAACUGAUCUUGUAAAUAAUCAGUCUGUGACUAUCUCGCUGCUGGAAGAGCAGUGCUUGAGAAUCUUCUCAAGACAGGACACCCAUGGCUCUCCACCUCUUGUUCAAGUCGUACCACAGCACAUUCCCAACAGCCAGCCCUACACUCCCGUUCUUCUGGGAGGUAAUGAGAUACAGCGAGACCCAGGUUACCCUAGAGACAGAGAUGUAAAACCACCACCUGAUCCAGCUACUUCUCCUACAAAGAGUCCUUUCAGAGUACCACCACUGGCUUUAAUUAAUGAGGGUCCAUUCAAAGACUGCCAACAAGCCAAGGAAGCUGGGCAUUCCAACAGUGGGAUUUAUAUGAUCAAAUCUGAAAAUAGUAAUGAGCCGAUGCAACUAUGGUGUGAGAACAGCCUGGACCCUGGGGGAUGGGCAGUUAUUCAGAAGAGGACAGAUGGAUCUGUCAACUUUUUCAGGAACUGGGACAGUUACAAGAAAGGAUUUGGAAACAUUGAUGGAGAGUAUUGGCUGGGACUAGAAAAUAUUUACAUGCUUACCAAUCAGGAUAAUUACAGACUCUUGAUUGAGUUAGAGGACUGGAGCAAUAAGAAAGUCUAUGCAGAAUACAGCAGUUUCCGUCUGGAGCCCGAAAGCGAAUUCUACAGGCUACGCUUAGGAACAUACCAAGGAAACGCAGGUGAUUCCAUGAUAUGGCAUAAUGGAAAGCAAUUUACAACACUGGACAGAGACAGGGAUAUGUAUUCAGGAAACUGUGCUCACUUUCACAAAGGCGGCUGGUGGUACAACGCAUGUGCCCAUUCUAACCUUAACGGGGUGUGGUACAGAGGAGGCCACUACAGGAGCAAGUAUCAGGAUGGAAUAUUUUGGGCUGAGUACCGGGGAGGUUCCUACUCCUUGAAAGCAGUUCAAAUGAUGAUCAGACCUAUAGACUGAGGAAGAGAAUCCCACAGUGCUCAAGUGAUCACGUAUAAACUUCUCAGCGCUUGAGUUCCAGAAAAAUAAAAUAUUACUUUUUAAUCAUUAUUUUGCACAAUCUGCCCCUGCAAAAAGCAGAUCUACAGUCUUCCUGUCUUUUUUCCCCCUGUUGUGUUCCCCCCAUUUUUUAGAAUCCUUUUCUACUGUGACAGACGGUGUUUUUUUAAACACAUAAUCACAAAAGCAGAUGUUUGUGCUUGCAAAGCAUAUUGCUCUUUGAUCAAGUCCAACAUACUUUAUGUAAACAGUCAUUAAAGCUGGUAAAAAAUUCCAGAUCUAUGACAAGAUAUAAGCUUUUUCACUUAAAAAGCUUAUGCUUCUUCAGGUUAGCUCAACCCUUAAAUGUAAAUAUGUGAAAUGACAUUGUCUUGCUUUAAUGUGAAAAUUGAUUAGUUAUUUAACAAUUUAUUUAAAAAUGUUGGUAUUACUUUCAAAGAAAAUCUGCCUUCACAUUACUGUUUACAAUUUACUCCAAGAAGCCACACAAAAAGUUGAAGACAUUCUAACUUUGCCAGCAGAGAGGUUUUUGCAACAAAUAAUUAUUUCAAAAUGAAGUGGUGAAUUAAAUAUAAAAUAUAACAUUUCUUAGUGGUGUAGAGAAUUCCUUAAGAUCUGCAUAUCCUACCUUCCGUAAAACACACAGACAAAAUGUUCCUAAGAGAAAAAAAAUAAUUGUAUGAAACAAUUUAUAAAGUCCAGACAACCAAAUUGCUCAGUACUUUUUUUUACUUUCUACCUCCGUAUUCAAACAUACUAAUUAGAAAUAUUUCUUGAUAUUUUGAACUGACAAAAUGAAAAGUCCUGAUUUUAAAAUCAGGACUCAACACUUGAAGACCCCUCCCCUGCUCCAGUUAGGAGUUAUGAGGUCUGAACAAGUGUUGACAUGUACAAUUUAGAAAAGGACCAAGUCUCUGAGUAUUUUAAGUUUUCCUCCAACACAGCUUUCUGCUGACAUAGUAAACCCAACAUUACAAAUCAGCUCUCUUCCUGUCACCCCAAAUGUGGACUGCUCUUAUGGCACACACAUUUCCCUUCCCCUACAUGUAUACAACUUUGAUAUUGUCAAUAUUAAUUUUUUUACCUUCUGGAUAUCUGACUUCCACUGGAAUUCAUAGGUAAUUUAAGAAAUUAAUUAGAAAAUACUUUUCCAACCUUUAACAAAUGCUAUAAAACACACUCCAUCAAAACAUCAAAACAAAACUCCAUCAAAACAAGAUCCCUCCAAAAUGGGAAACAACAAAAUGUUCACUUUAGGUACCACAGUCUCGGAAACUAAAGCUUUCUUCGUAGUAUGUAAAAUUAUUUAAUAAUUAUACUUAGCCAUACAAGUUAGCUGAUUUAAUUAGAUAUGACACAAAAACGAAAUACGCUGUUCUGAACUGUAACCAAUGUAUUUAUUUGGCAUCUCAUAUGUCCCUUCAGGAUUUUAAGGAACUUUGCCCCUAUUAAACAUAAGCCCUAACAGCUAAAAGAAAAAUCUAAUAUUGUUGUGUUUAAUUAGUCAAAAUCAAUUGCUAUGCAAUACCUCAUUUGUAGUUCAAAGGAGAGAAAAUAGCAUUCCACUUUCAAAACACAUUCUCUGGAGUAGAUAAAGCUUCAAUGAUAAUAUAUUGCUGCAAGGGUGUUUUAGUUAAAUCUUUGGUCAAAGAUCAAAGCCAACAAGUUUCAAAAAUAUUUAAUUGGGGUUGGUGGGGUGGGGGAACAGGGAGGAAAUCACUCCCAGCAUGUUCCAUCCCCAAAACCCAAGAAUUUUAACUGACACAAAUAUUUAAGAUUACAAUUCUGUAAUUGUUCUUCAUAUAAGAAAUAUCAUACAGACCUCAUUGAGUGUUCUAGAAAAUGCUUGUUAAUAGCAAACGCUUAAAAUUCAGACUAUCUACAGCCUAUUAUUUUUUCCCCUGUGGUAGCUGGAUAGAAGAGCAGUUCAGGUAAAUUUAAAAGCCGAAAAUGCUCUCCAAAAUGUCCCUUUAAUGAACACUUCCGACAGCUUUAGUUCAUUCAUCCGACAGAUUUCCUCUUUGGAGGAGACCUUACUUUACCACAAGAAACUCUUGCCUGCUAAAAAAGUGUUUAUUCAGUGCAGUCAGAGAAAGGUGUACUUUGCCAAAACCCCUAAGUAAAAUUAGCUUGCACUCAGCCUUUAAAUUAAAUCUUGUAUAUUAUACAUCUAAAAAGUGAGUAAUCCCCAACUUAAAGCUGCAGGAUGACAUUAACUAAACAUUACUACAAAGUAUACGCAGAAAGCUCAGAUGGUACAAAAGCCGUGCUCUGAAAGGAAAGAAUUUUAAGUUUCCAAUUUAAGAUUACAAGGAAGGAAAGCAUAGCGUCUCUUUUUCAGGUUGGUUCAUACACUAUACAAUAAUUUACCACUUUCAAAUGCUGUCAAAAACUGUCAGAUGUUAGCUUUGGUGCUGAAUUUUUGAAGUAGGGUAAAUGGCUUUAAGAGUACAAUGUUUUUUCUCACACUUUUUAAAAAAAACAGGUUUUCAAAAGAGGCUGUAGCAUCCCUCAAGCUUAUUACACUGGACAUUCAGAAGCGGUCUGUCUGUGAAGGAUAUAGCUUUCACCAUUCCUGUACUAUCAGUCCAAAUUUAACCAACAGACCUUGCAAAAGUUUGACCUAUACUAAGCCUGAAACACGGUUUUCACAUAUAUUUCCCAAGUCCAUUGCAAGCAUUAUCACUGAAGUAGCUGAAUAUUCAUCACAUGAAUACUUCAACCUGUUUUCAGCUUUCCCAUUCCUGAAAGACAGCUAUAAAAAUAUUUCACAAGGUAGUACUGCUUACUUAAAUAAAAAUCUUACUUCUCAA